UAAAACCGGCCUUGCAAUUAGGUUUUCAAAGCCAGAUUCGACGGUCCAGAUUCUUCCACACAGUCAAACUUGCACCGAGUCACUUCUACGGCGAAACUCUCUCACUAAGCCUCGAACUAUCGAUGAGGAAGGGAAAGAGAUCCUCACGGUCAAACUUGCACCGAAUCACUUCUACGGCGAAACUCUCUCACUAAGCCUCGAACUAUCGAUGAGGAAGGGAAAGAGAAAGCUCGUCCCGGAGAUUAUCUCAAUCGACGGCGAUACGUCCGCUUCUGAGAAUGUUGUAGUGUCCUUGUCUGCUUGCAAAAGGACGGGUGAACAAGAAGCUGAAGAUCUAAGGAGGAGCUUUGCAUUAACAAGGACUUUAACUCCCUUUUUUCCUCGCGGUCAACGAUCAAAGAGGAGAGCUAACAUUAAGUAUGCUAUUUCUAAGCAAAAGAAGCUAGAUAGUGGAGCUUUUGGAUGUCACUUUGAGAAAUUAUGGGGAAGCUUUUCUGAAGAUAAGAGGACCUCCUUUACGUACCUUGACUGCUUAUGGUUUUACUUGUAUAGGAGACAACCCUAUAAAGCCAAGGUGCUAACAUGGAUUAAGAAGAAGCACAUUUUUUCAAAGAAAUAUGUUUUGGUUCCUAUUAUUUGCUGGCAUCACUGGAGCCUCUUGAUCUUCUGCCACUUUGGUGAGAGCUUGCAAUCAAAAACCAGAACACCAUGCAUGUUAUUGCUAGAUUCGCUCCAAAUGGGAAAUCCAAGGCAAGUUGAACCAGAUAUAAGAAAGUUUGUGUUGGACAUUUAUAAAGCAGAGGGCAGGCCUGAGAAUGAGGACUUUAUCCAUCGAAUUCCUCUCCUGGUGCCUAAGGUUCCUCAACAGACAAAUAAUGAGGAAUGCGGCAGAUUUGUUCUUUACUUUAGUAAAUUGUUCGUGGAAGGCGCUCCGGAGGAUUUUAGGGUUGAGGAUUAUCCUUACUUUAUGAACGAAAAUUGGUUUACCCCUAAAGGCUUGGAGAGCUUCUGCGAGAAACUUGGCACCUUGAAUGGUUUACCCCUAAAGGCUUGGAGAACUUCUGGGAGACUUGGGAUCUUGAAAAAGAAAACGUGAUGUUUACAAGCUAAGCUUUGUUAGAUGAAAUGACUUUCUGUUGACCCUAAAUUCGAUUGCAGAUGGCUUGAUGAGUUGAGGUUUUGCUAGCCCUUUGUAGAUAGCAUGAUAGGUUUAGUUUUAGUGGUGCAUGAGGAAAUUGGCUUGUGUGUCCACGGAUUUACUUCCUGUGCCAUGUCAACGAGGUAUACAUGUAGGUUAUGAAUAGGAUCCUUUCAGGUCAAGAUUUUAUCUGAUUGCAUCUAUGUAAGAUCACGUUAUUUAAAAAUUUUAAAUGACAUGACAACACAUUCACCUCAUAAAAAUAUAUUUAUUAUUGAAUAUGUAAAA